UUCAAUAUAAUAAUAUUUCUAAAGAAAAGGAGCUCUACGCUAAUGUAUUAGAAUAUUUAUCUAGCAAACGGAAUAAGAUGAAGAAGCAUCUUACUCCUUUGAAAGGAAAAAAAAAAGAUAUAGAUCUGGUAAUAAGUUCAAUGGGUAAAGGUUUAUCAUUAUUAGAGGCUAUUGAACAAGUCUUGGCAAAUACAGAGGAAGAAAAACGUGCUGGUAUUACUAAAAAUUUAUAUCACUUUAUUAAUAAAAAAAAACACGCGGAACAUGAAUUCAUG